GCCCUGACUGGCGGAGCUUUCCAGCUCGCGGGACUCGAAAAAGACAGUAAGCAGCAUGAGGAGGCAAUCUUGCCGUGCCAUCUUGACCUGAGUAGUGCACUUUUCAACGAGGUCAUCACUUCUGUGGUGCGCCCGCUCAUGCGGGUAACGGGUGCUCAGGCUAAUCUGCAUGGGAAUCUUCUCAGCUUUCGUUUCCUUUGACUCGCUGGAGGCAAGUUCUGCUGGCAGUGCUUAAAAAGCCAAGGCGAAUGCGAGCGGAGGGGAUCAGCGCAGCGGAGGUGGAUCGGGCACGUUAGACACCUUGGAAACCGAAAAGGCUUGGACGUGACCGGCAGGCAGUCAGCCAGUGAGAAGAUGCAUCGAUCAGGGGGUUCAUCGCUGAUUUCAUUGAGUCUCCAGCUGGGAAUCAUUUUGGCCGUGUUACUUUAUAAAGUGCAGCAUGCCGCAGCAGGAAGCCAGAGCGACACAGAGGACCAGCCCUCUAAUCGCACACGCUCAUGUGUUGGAACUUACGAAUGCAAAGAAGGAGUCAUCUUACCAGUGUGGGAGCCUCAGAAUCCAUCCACUGGAGACAAGAUUGCAAGAGCCACUGUCUAUUUUGUGGCCAUGGUCUACAUGUUCCUUGGCGUUUCCAUCAUAGCAGAUCGAUUCAUGGCAUCCAUCGAGGUGAUCACAUCUCAAGAGAAGGAAAUCACCAUUAAGAAGUCCAAUGGGGAAACCACCACCACCACCGUGCGUAUUUGGAACGAGACGGUGUCCAAUUUAACCCUGAUGGCAUUGGGUUCCUCCGCUCCAGAGAUCCUUCUGUCUGUCAUUGAAGUGUGUGGCCACAACUUUGAAGCCGGCGAUCUUGGGCCAAGCACAAUAGUUGGAAGUGCCGCCUUCAAUAUGUUCAUAAUCAUUGCCAUCUGUGUCUAUGUGGUUCCUGAUGGAGAAAACCGCAAGAUCAAGCAUUUGAGGGUCUUCUUUGUGACGGCUGCCUGGAGCAUUUUUGCUUACACCUGGCUUUAUCUGAUCCUGGCUGUCUUGUCCCCUGGGAUUGUCCAGGUGUGGGAAGGUUUGCUUACCUUAUUCUUCUUUCCAAUUUGUGUUGUAUUUGCUUGGGUCGCCGAUCGAAGACUUCUGUUUUACAAGUAUGUCUAUAAGCGAUAUCGAGCCGGGAAACAGAGGGGGAUGAUCAUCGAAAUGGAAGGGGACAGGCCACUGCCGCCCAAGGUGGACAUUGAGAUGGACGGCAAGAUAAUGAACUCUCAUGCUGUUGACUUCUUAGAUGGUUCCCUCAGCAUCGAAAUAGCCGAGAAGGACCAAGACGAGGAAGAAACGAGAAGGGACAUGGCCAAAAUCCUUAAGGAAUUAAAACAAAAACACCCCGAGAAGGAAAUGGAGCAGUUGAUCGAGCUUGCCAACUACCAGGUGCUGAGCCAACAGCAGAAAAGCCGUGCCUUCUACCGCAUUCAGGCGACACGGCUAAUGACCGGGGCUGGAAACAUCUUGAAGAAGCACGCUGCUGAUCAAGCAAGGAAGGCGGUUAGCAUGCAUGAAGUUCGAACGGAGGGAGGCGAAAAUGAUCCCAUCACCAAAGUGUUCUUCGACCCUGGCACCUACCAGUGUCUCGAAAACUGCGGGACGGUGAGCGUGAAUGUAGUCCGGCGAGGAGGCGAUCUAACCAACACAGUCUCUGUGGACUUCCGAACGGAAGAUGGCUCAGCAAACGCCGGGUCUGACUACGAAUUCACUGAAGGCACCAUCAUCUUCAAACCUGGGGAGACGCAGAAGGAAAUCAAAGUAGGGAUCAUUGAUGAUGACAUCUUUGAGGAGGAUGAGAACUUCCUGAUUCACCUCAGCAAUGUCCAAGUGAUCUCAGAAUCAGCCGAGGAGAAUGGUUCUGAAGCCAACCAUGUUGAAACACUGGCGUGUUUGGGCUUACCCUCAACGGCGACUGUGACUAUCUUUGAUGAUGACCACGCUGGCAUCUUUACCUUUGAGGAGCCCGUGUCUCACGUCAGUGAGAGCAUUGGGGUUAUGGACGUCAAGGUACUGCGUACCUCUGGAGCCCGAGGAGUUGUAGUUGUUCCUUAUAAGACAUUGGAAGGUACAGCUAAAGGUGGAGGAGAGGAUUUUGAAGAUACCCAUGGAGUGUUGGAGUUCCAGAACGAUGAGACUGUCAAAACAAUUAAGAUCAAAGUUAUUGACGAUGAAGAGUAUGAGAAAAACAAGAACUUCUACGUUGAGAUUGGGGAGCCCCGUCUGGUGGAGAUGAGUGAGAAGAAAGCCCUGUUACUGCAUGAGCUUGGUGGCUUCGUUAAGACAGGGAAUGUUAUGUACGGCCAGAACAUCUACAGGAAAGUGCAAAGUAAGGACCACCCAUUACCUACAAGUGUCAUCCAUAUUGCAGAAGAAGGAGAGGAGAUGCAGCCUCUUACCAGCAAAGAGGAGGAAGAGAGGCGCAUCGCUGAGAUGGGGCGCCCCCUGCUGGGCGAGCAUGUCAAACUGGAGGUCAUAAUUGAGGAGUCAUAUGAAUUCAAGAGUACAGUAGAUAAACUCAUCAAGAAGACAAACCUGGCACUGCUGGUGGGCACUAACAGCUGGAGAGACCAGUUUAUUGAGGCGAUCACUGUCAGCGCUGGGGAGGAUGACGAUGAUGAAGAAUGUGGUGAGGAGAAACUCCCAUCUUGCUUUGAUUAUGUCAUGCACUUCCUGACUGUGUUCUGGAAAGUUAUGUUUGCCUUCGUCCCUCCAACGGAGUACUGGAACGGCUGGGCUUGCUUCAUUGUGUCCAUCUGCAUGAUUGGUCUUCUGACAGCUUUCAUUGGCGACCUGGCUUCCCAUUUUGGCUGCACCAUUGGGCUGAAGGACUCCGUGACAGCCGUAGUGUUUGUGGCUUUGGGGACCUCCGUACCAGACACCUUUGCCAGUAAGGUGGCUGCCAUCCAAGACCAGUACGCUGAUGCCUCCAUUGGGAAUGUGACAGGCAGCAAUGCAGUGAACGUGUUCCUGGGCAUCGGUGUGGCCUGGUCCAUCGCUGCCAUCUAUCAGAACGCCCAUGGGAGGGAUUUCAAGGUGGACCCGGGCACCCUGGCCUUCUCCGUGACCCUCUUCACCAUUUUUGCUUUCAUAAGCGUGGCCGUGCUGAUGUAUCGGCGAAAACCAGAGAUCGGAGGAGAGCUGGGCGGCCCUCGGACUCCCAAGAUUCUGACCACGUUACUGUUUGGUUGCCUCUGGCUGUUGUACAUUCUCUUCUCGUCUCUGGAGGCCUACUGCCACGUCAAGGGCUUCUGAGGAACCCUUCAUUUACAGAAUGAGCUGCGCCAAUACAGUGACCAAGCUUUUCUUUU